AUGAAUGCUAACAACAAUGAGAACGUCGAAAGUAAUUCCGAAGAUAAUCUUCUUGAUAUCAUAAAUAGCAGUCCAUUUGAUAAGCCUAACAAGAAAGCAUCUAUAGAAUGCGUCUCAGGUCAGUUAGAUAUCACCUUGAAGGCUUUAAAGCACGAAAUGCAUGAACUUAUUCAGAAGCACAAGAAACGAACAGUUAAACAAAAUCUCAACACCGACCAAAGGAACACACUCUCCGAACAUGUUAAACUUAAAGAUGAUAAGAUGAUAAGAUUCUCAGCUAGUGAUAAAGGCGGUGAAUUUUUUGUUACCAGUAAUGAUCUCGAUAAGCGACUUACAGAGUUACACCUUGCCAACCCAUCUCUGUAUGAGCACCUCAAGAAAGACCAGACUAAGAAGGCGGAAGAAGAAAUUAACGAGGUUUGGAAAUACAUUUACCUGAAAAACAAGAUUGAUCAAAAGUCAGCUGAACGUCUUGUUUCGACACAUAGUGUAUGUCCAGUUAUCUACCUGCUUACAAAGACCCACAAAUUUAAAUCGGUAUCGUUGAGAGAUCUUGACGCUGAAGAUAUCAAGGUUCGUCCUAUCAUUUUGGGAUGUGAAUGCCUUGCUGAUAAAAUCUCGUAGUUGAUUCACAAGAUUUGUGUUCCACUCCUGAAGUAGGUGAAAGCCCAUUUAACCAACACCGGUGAUCUACUGGCAAAGCUUCGAAGCCUAAAGCAAGAUGAUUUGAAAAAUAAAAUCCUUUUCAGCCUUGAUGUGGUUUCUUUAUACCCGAGCGUAGACAACAUGGUAGCUGUGGAUACCCUUCGCGAUUACCUGUAUACCAACACAGAAGAGACCUACAGUUGUAUGGCAUUCCUAUUCCAGAUAUUGUGCUACUGAUCAAGAUUGUGCUAAGCAUAAGUUGUUUUUCCUGUAGUGGUACAUACUUCAAGCAACUACGAGGAUUGGAAAUGGGGAAUCGGUUGGCACCUAUACUGGCCAUCCUUUACAUGGACAGAAUAGAAAAUCAAGCUAUAGAUGCAGAUACGAGUCUCUCCACCAAACCCUACAACCGGUAUAUCGACGAUUGCAUUACAACAGCACAGGAUAACAACGAAGGGAGAUCGAUACAGGGAAUCCUGAAUGCACAAGACCCUUCAAUUAAAUUUGAGAUCGAGUUGCCGGACGAAGAGGGCUACCUACUAUUUCUCAACACCAAAGACCGAGUAAAUCCCGAUGGCACUUUGGACACGGCAUGGUACACGAAACAAGCAAACAAAGGAAUAAUGAUUCAUGCAUCAUCUCACCAUCCGAAAUCAAUGAAGGUUGGAGCUAUUCAACACACACUUAAAACGAUUACGCUGAUUUCUUCUGAUAAUAAUCUUAAAGCAACAGCUGAGAGCGAAUUCAAAAUUCGCACCAUCCGAAAGGGCUAUGCAGCAGAAACCAUCACAACUGGCAACCUAAGGACACGCAAAACAAAGAAAUCAUCAAAUACACCAAAUCCAGACGCUUGCUUGGUAAUCCUGUUUAUUUCGGAAGAAUUUACCGCCGACGUCAGGAAGAACUAUCAAGAAAAAAAGUAUAAACAUCAGAGUGAUACAGCGCCCGGGAAAGUCCCUUAG